GCAAGUUGCAAAGUCACUCCGCCAUACGCUGCUCGUAAAUCAGUCGAUGAGAACGCCGAUAAGGCGAUUGGCAUUUCGGAGGUUGUGGAUGUCGGACCAUCGUGCCCUGGACUCUGUGGAUAGGGGCCCGGAUGUGGGGGAUGCCCAUUUGUGGCAAGUGGACUUAUCGCAGCUGGACCACGCCUCUCCUGCCGCACGACUGUCGUGUGAUCGCUCUAUCCCAUCCUUGUCCUCGACCUCCAUCCUCCGAAUCUCUCGAACCGCUACUCUCUUAUUCCGCACUCGGCAGCAUAACAAUCUGAAUGCGCGGGCCUUCGUCGGAGCCUAGUCCAUCCGCUUCUUUGCUUCAAAGAUUGCUGCUCGCGAUCAAACUAGGUCCUUCUGCAUCCUUCAAACUUCUGCCAUCCACCAAAAUGUCCCCAACCGUAGGGCCGGAGAUAGUACCAGCAUCUACUUUGGGUCCUUACGGCCGGCCUGCUGUACCCAUGAGACGAUCUUCGACGUCUUCUCUCCAGAGUGAGGCCGACAAUGUGACCCUCGGCACAUCCCCAGCCUACUCUACCUCCUCAGUAUCCAUCCCGUUUAAGGACUGUGACGUCGACGUGGUCAGGGUCGAAGGGCUGCGGCAUUCAGGCAGGAGACUGGAAGCACGUCGUUACAAGUCGCCACACUUCGCCGCACAGCUGCUGCACAUACUUCACACCCUCCGCGUCCCUUCAUGGACGAACGUGGAAAUAACACUCGAUGACAUAGAAAUACACAAGGUGUCGGGAUCAAUGACGAAUGCGGUAUUCUUCGUGUCGUGUUCUCGAGUCGAGGGCACGCGUAUCCUCCUCCUUCGCAUCUAUGGACCUUCAUCUGGGGCGCUCAUCUCACGGCCCAAAGAACUGCAGACACUGCAUGUACUUUCGUCGAAGUAUCAUAUUGGUCCGCGUGUAUAUGGCACGUUCGAGAACGGCCGUGUGGAGGAGCAUUUCGAUGCAACGACGCUCACAGCCGAGGACCUGCGAGAUCCUCAAAUCAGCUCGUGGAUCGGAGCUCGCAUGGCCGAGCUCCAUGAUGUUGAUGUCCAAGAUGUCGAGGAAGCACGGGGCGAGGAUAGUCAUUGGGAUAUUGCGGCGAUGCAGAACGUCCAGUCGUGGCUCAUCUUCGCACGCGAGGUGCUAGCACUGCCCGGCGUAUCAGGGGACGUCCUCCGAGCUCUCGACCUGGACGCUUUCGAAAGCCAAUGGCGUCAAUAUGCGCACUGGCUGCAGGAGGUGGAGAGCGCUGAGGGUGUCAGCAGACGGGUUUUUGCACACAACGAUACCCAGUAUGGAAAUCUGCUGAGACUCAAGGCUCUCAAGGACGGCAUGCCCGAACAUCGGCAGAUCAUUGUCGUCGACUUCGAAUAUUCCGCUCCCAACGCCGCUGCAUUUGACAUCGCGAAUCACUUCCACGAAUGGACGGCCAACUACCAUUCGGAUGUGCCGCAUCAACUCAAACCGGUAUUGUAUCCCUCCAAAGACGAGCGCCGCAACUUCUACCGUUCUUACAUCACUCACACCCUCGCUACCGCCGACGCGCCCGCAUCUGUGUCAGACGAAGAACGGGACGAGGCAAUGGCUAGGCUGGAUCGUCAAGUUCGGGUGUGGAGCCCGGCAUCCCACGCGAUGUGGGCUGUGUGGGGUGUGGUCCAGGCUCGCGAGAUGGUAGAGAGCAAGGACGGCGAAUCAGAGUUUGACUACCUGGGCUACGCAGCUUGUCGAAUGGAGGGUUUCCGCAGAGAAGUCAGUGCGCUCGGUCUGUCGAUCUGAUGUGAUCAUGACGAAUUGCUGCUUUACGCCUGAAUAGAUUGCUUGUUCGUACAGUAGUACUAUAUGCCCUGGUCAGCGUUUCAUACCCAGUAUCCUAAGCACACGACACGACGAAUGCUACACGAUCUAUAGUUCCUGCAUACAUAUGUUAUGUCGUGUCGUUGCCGAAGACGAUGCUUCAUCUCACU